AUGGGGUCUCGCAGACCCGCAGACAGCGAGGAGCUGGAUAGCCCUCCUCCCAGCUCCUUGGGCAACCCUCCUACGUUGGGGAUCGCGAGCUCCACCAUCUGGACGUUUCCGGUGCCGGAGGUUGAGAGCUUUGACAAGCUUGCGAAGGCGCCCAGGAGAGACAAGCCUGAGAGGAAGCACGUGCGGCAGCAGCCGAGAGAGCGAGCGCGAGUGCUGCCGGAGAUCUCGGAGAGGAGGAGCAUAAAGCAUGCGCAUGUACAUACCAAGAGGAAGCCGCCUGAGCUCAGUGAGGUUCGGUCCGGGAGGAAGAGCGCCCCUCCCAUCAUCGAGAACGACCAUCUGCCUGUCGACGUCUGGAAUGAAGUGGUGUCGAAGCAUCUGGACUAUCAAGUCAAGCCUCACAUGAAUGAAGUUUUCAGCGAGCUUUCAAACGAAGAGCAGCCGUUCGAGCGACAGCGCAGAAGGCAGUUCGUCCUCAACUCGGUUCAGAAGUUCUUCAGUCCAGACAAGAGAUCUCUCUCGGAAGAUCUCGACGACGCCAUCUCAAGGAUCAAUAGCAAGCUCUCCUUCUCCGUCGACGAUCAAAGGGUCAAGCCCAUCCCCUCAAGAACCGAGGCCAUGAUGCUGCAGGAGAGCUUGGAGCUCAUCACGCAAGAGAUCUCCUCCUCGUUCGGUUGCGACAUCGAUACCUUCCUCUCAAAAGCGGCCCGGAAGGGGAUGGUUGAGGACGUGCUCAAGACGUUGGGGUUGGAGAUGAAGAUUCUAGACAUCAUCAUGGCUGAAUUGAAGCGACAAGUUCACAUCCAGUGCCAGGAGCGCGGGGAAGUUCUCGACCGAUGCCACAGCUCGUACUCAAACGCCAUCUGGACCCUGAGAGACUUUGUCCUUGACGUUUCAAACCAGCUCACAGUUGCAAUGCAGACAUCGCAUGAACAAGCCCUUCGAGUGAAUGAGCUUCAAGACAUGUUCUCGAGACAGGAACGUCUGGUGGAGCAGUCGCUUGUUGAUCAGUCGACGGAAGAGUCGACAAAGCAAGCAAAGCAAGAGGACUUAGAACAUCGACUGAAGACUUCGCAGCUUCAAGUUAACGAUUUGAACGAGAAGUUAGCAAAGGCAGACAUGAUGCAUCAGACUUUUCAGAGCAAGAUUCAGCUUCUAGAGAUGCAGAUCAAGCAGAUGGAAAGAAAUCAGAACAUCUUGUCGAUACAGGUCAAUGAGCUGCAGGAGCGGAUAAGGAAAGAUGCAGACACUAUAGAGUUUCUCGGAGAAACGGUAGCGAGGUACAAGAUCCGGCUCGCGUGGGCUCAGGUGGUGAGGUACGCCAGAAGUCAGAAGAAGCCCACUUGUGAUAGCUGGACGCAAGACGGGGAAGGCAUAGAGGGUGUCGGCCGGAUCAUGCCCAGCGAUGGAGUACAGCAGGCGGCGGCAGAUCAGACGCAAGCUCGAGAGGAGCCGAGCAAGCACAAAGUGGGCAGGGAGUACCUGCAGGGAGAGCUGAUCGCCUUCUCGGGGUUCUGGGCGGGGAUCGUGCGACAGGCUGAAAUGGUUGACUUCAGCAGAAACCCGGACCUGCAGGUGGGGAAGAAGCAGAUGCAGGAGUACAUUUCCAAGAUCUACUCGGAGAAGAUCAUCUACGACGACAUCGAUGAUCGCUCCAAGUUGACCCGACAGACCCUCCCGGAGUUCUUGUACGACUAUCACCUGGAGGUGCUCGGAGACCCUCGGCUGGCGGAGGAGGCGCUGGUCAACGUCGUAGCCAACGUGAGGAGCUACGACAGCUCCAGCACGAGGAUCAGAACCUUCGGCAGGUUCCUCAACCUCGGAGGGCAGCCGCUGCCUCUCGAAGCCCUCAACAUCUUCCUGUGCGGUCUGCUGCGACUGCAGAACGGACAGCUGCCCCUCCUCGCGUCCCACGACUCGAUCCAAGUCGAUGCCGCGAGGGGACUGCGAGUCAUCGAGUACGUCUUUGCUCAGACCUCGUCCAUCGUUCGAUCGAAGGUGCUUCUGGAAGCAGAGAAGAUGGCUACGGGGAAGCACAUCGACGUGGACCAUUUCCUCUUGUUCAUCAUCGAGGAGUGGAAGCAGGAGGUUGAGCGCUCAGAGGAGCGGCUGCGAGCUCUCUUCGUGGCCUCGGAUGCAGACGGGGACGGCAACCUCGACUUCGAAGAGUUCGCCGGCAUGGUGGCAAGAAUCCAGAGCAACAAGGAGCAUCGAGAGCUGCUGAGGAUGUACUCGGAGAUGACCUUGAACAAGCAGGUCGACUGCAACACGUUUGUGCGAGUCUGUCGCAAGUUCAGGUUCUUCACCUUCGAGACUGGACCUGUCUCCAAGAAAGUUGACCCUGCUGCCAAGUUCGUCUUCGAUCUCAUCCUGGAGGAGUGGGGAGAGCUGGAGGACAAGCUCGCAGAGCUCGUCAUCAUUUUGCACGGCAUGCCGAUCUCAAACCGUCUGAAGGAGGCAAGUCGCCCCUCCUCGCUCGCUCGCUCUCAUCCGCGCGAGUAG